AAAGUGUAAAACCCCAGCUUAGCUUUUCCCUUCUUCACGCCACCCCCAACCCAGAGAAGACUCUGCGCCAUCACCACUCACUAUAACAUCCCUAAUUUCUAACCCAAAAUCCCCAAACUAACUCAGAAAAUCCUAAUUUCCCCGAUUCCUAACCCUAACAGCCGCAACCUCACCCUCCUUCAACGUAACAAACAAAAGCAGCCACUGUAGAGAGAAGAGGGACCGGGAGAAGAAGAGAAGAGAGGAAAGGCCUGCCCAGCCGUCACCACCGCAGCGCCGCUGCAGCUAUUGCCACCUUCAGAGCUGCGGAAAGUCGUCCUCCCUGCCGUCGAAUGCCGCCGUCGUGUCGCACAUGAGAGAGAGAGAGAGACAGAUUCGAGAGGAGCUACCCACGAUCGCUGCCGUCGAAGCCAGACUCGUCGCCGUCACCACCCACGAAGCUGCGAGGAGCCGCUGUCGUGCUCGUGUCGCUGGGCGCCGUCGAGCUUCCCUCAUCCUGAGCCGUCGAUCUGUCGCCACCGCUACAAGGGCUUGUCGCUGGAGCCACGACUGUCACUGAGCUUCCGUCGCCGCUGCCGUUCAAGCCGCUGCUGCCGUCGAUUUGUAGUUGCUGCGAUUGGAGCCACUAGCGGGGGUGAGUUGCUACUGCCUUGUUGCCGUCCUAAUCAUAUUCAACGUCCACUGCCCUGAGCUGUUUCUGCCCUUCAGUUUGUUGAGUUCGGAUUCCUUGUGCUACUGUAACUGUCAUUACUGAGGUGGGAACCAACGUUUCUGUUUGGCUGCUGCUGAAGGUCUUCCACCAUCACUGGAGCUGCCCAGAAUCAUCGUGGAAGCUGCCAAGAUAUAUGGAUGCUGGUUUCAAUCGUAAUUAUUCCAGUGAAGUUUCUUCUCCGGUUGCUGGGCACUUUCCAGGUUAUAUGGACUAUCAAGUAGGAAUGAGACCACAGAUCCCUGUUGAGAGAAAAUGGGCCCUCGGGAUUCAGGUAGAGGAGCGUGGUGUUCCAGUGGAAGAAUUGUUAGAAGCUGAUGAAGUUUUCUGCACCGGAACUGCUGUGGUUAUCAACCCUGUUUUCUCUGUAACCUAUUGGGAUUGUGAUACUGAUUUCUGGUGGCAUGUAUCAAUGAAUUUUCGAAUAAUGAUUUAUUUUUCUGUGUGACAUGUUUGUAUUAAUUCAUCAACACUAAUUCAUCACUAAGUUAUGGAGUUCUAAUUAAUACGAGCUCUUUGUUAUUCACUGCUCUAAUCAGCUGGAGCAGAGGUGCAAGCAAUGGGCGUCAUAGUGAUGAUAAGAGACCCUACCUCAAACAGCGGCACUUUGCAGUGGUGUGCUAUUUAAAUAAUUAUGGCAAGGAUUUCAAUGGUGGACUCUUUCGUUUCCGGGAUGGCCAGCCAAUGUCAAUUAUGCCAAUGGCUGGAGAUGUUCUGAUGCAUACUGCUGACCAGCGAAACAUUCAUUCUGUUGAUGAGGUCUAGCUCUCUGAACUUCAAAGAAAGUUGUCUAUAUUGAUGACUAUAACACAAGAAAUCAUUGCCACCGAGCUUAAAUUAUUAAUUUUUUUUUAUAUAAACAGGUCUAGCUAAAGGUGUUGCUGUUGGAAUAUCUAUAGCUGGAACAAGUGGGGUUCUGCCAUUAUUAAUUUGUGCUUGUGUUAGAUAUUUCCAGAAGAAGGAAAAAGAAAAAAAUUAAAUUGCCAACAGAAGAUUUUAUAUCAAGUUCAACCCAAGAUGCAUCUAGCAGUGGUGAAUAUGAAACUUUAGGAUCCACAGCUGCUAGUGCUUCUGGCCUUCCAGCAAUUAUGGCGGCAAAAUCGAUGGAAUUCUCUUAUCAAGAACUAGCCGAGGCUACAAAUAACUUCAGCUCUGAUAACAAAAUUGGUCAGGGUAGAUUUGCAGCAGUCUAUUUUGCAGAUUGAGAGGCCAAGUAAAAGCAAGCCAAUUAUAUCUUUAAUAAUGUUAUAUAAUCUUCCAGAAUUAAAAGGAAAAAUAAAUUAUCUUUGACCAUUAGUAGCUUAUCUGCAUAAUUUUAUUGAUAGUUAAAGAUAGUAAAAAUGGUAGUUAGGCAUUUGGCAAACGAAUAAAAUUGAUGAGACGUGGCAAGGGACCACAUACAUGUACAUAAUAAAUAUAAUAAUAAUAAUACUAAUAAUGCUACAAGAUUAGUGGUCCUAUCUAUAUAUGAUUUUGCAAACCCUUUGAUGAAAAUUUCAAUGCUAGUUGGUGAAGAUCAACACAAAAAGUCCACAAAACAACAAAGAGGUGGUGGAGCCAUGAAGGUAUUAAUAUGUCAGCAUGAAAGGAUAUUAGGAAGAGUUAAUUAUCUUAUGGAGAUUUCAUCUGAAUUGGUUGCAAAUUUUGGGCUAACUAAACUUAGGGAAGUUGGAAGCUUUUUAUCACUUCAUACUCGUCUUGUGGGAACAUUUGGAUACAUGCCUCCAGUCGGAUCAAAAUGCUUCAACCAGCUAAAGGUUGUUAUGGGCGCAGCACCAACAAUACUUCUGGCAAUCAAAUCAGAAGAAAACAAGCUACAAGAAGUCAUGGUUGGAUUAGCAGCAAAUGUUUUCACAUUCAUGUCCUCUCAGGAAUCAAGCUAUGUAUUUCAAGAAGCCGAAAUCAUUGAAGUUGAACUGGCAAGUAUACUAGUACAUAUUCUCAAGAAGCACAAGUAUCCGGCAACAAAGGUGCUGAGGAUAAGGAGGUUUGCCAUAGAGUUUGCGAUUUGGAUGAUGAAAGACAAAGCAGAAAACAUAGAUACCUUCAAGCAUAUGGGAAUGGAGAAGGUGCUGGAAGGUGUAUUAGAAAUCACAUCAGAGCUUGAAAGCUUCAAUGUUUUCUCUGGUACUGUUGGAUUGAACAGGCACAAUCUAACAAUUCACUCACUGGUUGAGACAGCCUUCAAGUUGCUGGAAAAUAGGUGAAGUAAUACAUCACUUUUGAACCAUAUUGUAAAAUCAGUAAUCCAUGUUAACGUUGAGCAAAAAUUGUAAAUUUGUAACACUGUACACUGUUGUUUGUUUUGUGUAAAUGUGUAUUAUCCCACAUUAAUUUUGAUUUUGGAUUUGGUUUUUGGUUC